GUGUGUGUUUGACAGCAAACCACGUCAAUUCCAUUUUAUAUCCAUAGAAAUUGUGUGAGUGUGCUUUCCUGCUAGCAGAUACAAUUUUGCAAUCAAUUCCAUUUGUUUAAUUACACAAGAAUUCAAAAAGAAAUUAAUCACAAUGGCAAACAAGAGUCCGCUUUCAAUCCAAGAUAUCCUUAAAUCUAUUGAAAGAUACAAUCCAGAGCAUUUGCCAACAUUGGAGAAUAAUGUGCGCGAACAGGCCAAAGGCAAUACUUACGAGUUGGAAGUGAAUUUGGCCGUGCUGAAAUCAUACCAAUUCGAUCCGACUCUCUUGAACUUGGAAAUCACAAACUUGAUCCUGCUCAAAGCACUCACCAAUUUGCCACACACUGAUUUUACGCUGUGCAAGUGUCUGUUGUUGCCCGCUCAAGUUGAAGAUCCAACCAUCAGCGAUAUCAUCGAAUUGGCCGACAUUCUGGAGAAAUGCGACUUUGAAUUGUUCUGGUCAAAGAUUUUAUCGACACCCGAUUUGAUUGUGAAUGUCAACGGUUUCUUCGAUUCCAUCCGGAAAUUCGUUUGUAAUGUCGUCAAUAUCACAUUCCAAACUAUCUCGGCCGAUUACUUGAAGCGAUUGCUCGGAGAUAUUAAUGGCAACGCAUUCAAUCACUGGGUGAAAAAGUACGGCUGGAAGGAUGAAGGUGAAACGAUUUUAAUCACAAAACAAGACGAAAACAUCAAGACGAAGAAUAUCACGGAGAAGAUUGCGUUCGAAAGUUUGAGCAACAUCAUGUCGAAAUGUUUGUAAAUGCAUCGUAGCAGCAUCCGCUAUUUCAGCUUCAAUUUAUUUUACUCUCUCUCUCUUUCAUAACAACAACAAUAAUAAAAAGUCCACCUGAUUUUUACCAGGUUCGAAAAAUCAGGAAAUAAAAAAGAA